AUUUGGUAGCCAUGACAACGAGAUUUUGGUCAAUUAAAUGGCCACGAAGAAGCUCUCCUGUAAACUCAACCGAAAGUCUUGGAAAUGUACGGUCUUGUUGGACAUUCACACAGUCACAUGUCGCGGCGUGCACCUGCCCAAGACAGGUGAUAUCUACUUAAGCGUAUGCAUCAUGGGCCAGUGCAGGAAGACUUCCCGCUUGCCGCCUCGCUUUCCCUUACUCUUCAACCAGAGGCUGGUUUUUGAAAAGACUUACACCAAUGCUGUUGACCCCUCUGCAGUGGCUGACCGCUUAAAAGCUGACACGACAUCUUUUCGGCUGAUUCAGUCCGUGUCUCCGGAGAGUAAGACCCUCGCGACGAUGACGCAAAACAGCCGAGACUUCCUGAACCCAGGUCCCACCCUGAGUACCGCUGAAGACUCCUUGCUGAGAGAUGCAUUCAUGAUGGAGAGAUCUUCAAGAUUCCAUGGUGCUUUUCCCACGGUGGAGUUUUCCGUGACGUCGUUCAUCGAAGCGAGCGAUUGGAUCGACGCCUCACCUGUCAAAGCCGCCAUCACGAACGGCGCUCAGCAGAAAGAGAUGACCAGCCGCGUUCGAGCGAGGCCGUCGUCGUCUUCGCACGAUGCGGGACGGUCCAGGCCCAGACGCUCUCCCUCCCCGCCCCCGUGCCGCCACGUAUCAUGCGGGGCAAAAAGAAGGCCGCAAAAACACAGAGUUUGUCUCGAACCGGGUUACCAGCAGCCCACUGUCGCCUCCACGACCCGCGCGUUGUCACCUUACACACACCGGAAAAUGUGUCAGCUCUCCUUGGAUGCCGAGCAGCGGCUUAAGCACCUCCGACUUGGACCGCACUACUUCAGGAAAGAAACAGAGAGCAUCCCUCCGUUUUUGGUUUCGACUUGUAGCAGUCCAACGGACCCUCCUUUUCCGCAGAGUUACGUGCCCUGCUGUCACACGGUCGGCCUCUUAGAUGAUGAAUAUGAUUCUCUCCUCGACAGUUACAGACCCAGAAUGUCCAGAGUCCGGUCAGAUCGUGCGUGGUCGUCUCCCGGGCCGCAACUCCGACGCGAUGAGCUGACCCCAAGUCCUCGAAGAGCCUCCUCCGCCUCGCCUGUGUCAAAGAGGAGAGGCCCCGCGACUUCCAAGCGCUCCCUCAGGGAAAGGCUGCAGACCGGUGAUCCCAGUCCAUCCUACUGGGAGCAGAUCCACAGAAGAGUCCAGAAGAUUCUGCUGACGCACAGAGUCCCCUUGGACUUGGACUGACUUCUGGAUCCCAGCAUAAAGUAACAUUCAUAUUUCAACAUUUAAAGCACACACCAAUUCGUUUGAUACAAAUUUGCGUCAACACUAGUUUCAUCCACUUAAAUUGACGAAACACAGACACACAUCCAUUUUGUUAGCUGCUUAUCCUCACAAGGGUCAACGGGCAGGAGGCGGGGUACACCCUGAACUGGUUGCCCGCCAAUUGCAGGGCACAUGGAGACAAACGGCCGCACUCACAAUCACACCUUGGUGCAAUUUAGGGUGUCCAAUUAAUGUCAAUUUUUUGGACAACAACAGCAAAUAAAAAGAAAAAACAAUUGUCCAUAUUAUUGUUAGGUUAAAAAUACUAAUAAUGAAAUAACUAAUGCACAGGAACUAUUAAUGAAAAAACGUUUUCAGAAUUUUCAUUGACAAAAUUUCUUACUGCUAUUUGUGGUUUAUGAUUUGAUAUCACAAGACUUCCUGUUACAUUUUCUUGAUAAAUGCAACAA